CACAUCUGUUUGCAUUAAAAUGAAGAGAUCAAGUGAGCAAUCGGAGCAUCUUUACGCGACAAAGAAGGCAAGAGUUGUUGAUGGCUAUGGGAGAUCGAUUGAGUCGAUGGACGUUGACGAAGACAAAUUUUGGAUAAUUAAAAAAGAGACCAGACCACCACCUCUGACAGCGGUGAGAGGAAAGACUAAUAGGAGAAAGAGGCCCCAGCCUCAAUCUCUCCACAUCAGUUCGUGGGUGUUCAGACGCGAGUGUCCCCACAAAGAGGAAAGUCAAUCCUCAGUGAAAAAGAGUAAACACAGAUCAGGAAGAUGUAUGGAGACGAUUGAUGUAGACGCAGAAAUCACGUUUCGUUUCCGUUUUAUCUCUUUGGUGUAA